ACAAGAUGGCGGCCUCCGGGAGCGAUCCCCAGAGGGCCUCCUCUGCCUCUGUCUGGGGAGAGCUUGGCAGUUCACUAACUGGAUCCCAUUUGAAACUGUUGCCCUCAGAAAAAGAUCGUCCGUCAUGGCCUGUUCCCACGGGGCAGAGAUCGAAGGGUUGUCUCCGCAAAACCGCCUCCUACCUGCUUCACCAGCUCAUUCAGGGCUAUCAGGAACCAGACACCUGUGUAAACGAGCAGGAAUACGAGGAGCAGGGCGAGGACGGGGGCGACGAGGGCGAGUACCAGCCCGAGAACGAGUCGGAAUCCGAGUUCUCCUCCAAGUCCGAAAUGCUGAACCUGAAGGAGAAUCUUGAUGGCAUCCUCAGAGAGGAGGAGGUGGCCAAGGCGCUCCACCAGUUGGGACGCUCCGGCUCUGGGACUGAGCAGGUCUACCUCAAUCUAAGUUUACCAGGUUGUGAUUUAACUGACAUUAGCAUACUCUCUGGAUAUGUUCACCUACAGAAGUUGGAUCUCUCAGUAAAUAGAAUUGAAGAUUUGUCUUGUGUCAGUUGUAUGCCUUAUCUCCUGGAACUUAAUGCUUCGCACAAUAAACUGACUACAUUCUUCAAUUUCAAGCCACCCAAAAAUCUCAAGAAGGUGGAUUUUUCCUGCAACCAAAUUUCUGAAAUGUGUGAUUUGUCGGCAUACCAGGCUCUCACUAAAUUAAUCUUGGACAACAACGAGAUCGAGGAGAUCAGCGGCCUGGAGCAGUGCUGCAGCCUGGCGCACCUCAGCCUGGCCCAAAACAAGAUCAAGGCCAUCGGUGGCUUACAUGCGUUACCCCUCAAGACACUUUGUCUGAGAAAUAACCAGAUUGAGAAGAUCACGGGUUUGGAGGAACUAAGAGUCCUGCAGCUCGUGGAUCUGUCCUGCAAUGAGAUCAGCAGCCUCCAAGGCUUAGAGAAUCAUGAGUUUUUGGAAAUCAUCAACUUAGAGAAUAAUAAGAUUGCUGAGCUGAACGAAAUAGAAUACAUUGAGCAUCUACCUCUCCUUCGAGUUCUCAAUCUUCUGGGAAAUCCAAUUCAGGAAAAAUCUGAUUAUUGGUUCUUCGUCAUUUUUAUGCUGCUACGAUUAACAGAAUUAGAUCAGAAGAAGAUUACAGUGGAGGAAAAGGUGGCUGCAGUAAAUAUAUACGACCCUCCCCCGGAAGUGGUCGCUGUGCGAGACCAUCUGACCCAUGUGGUCAACAGUGUGAUGCAGCCACAGAAGAUCUUUGACAGCACCCUGCCCAGUCUGGACGCGCCGUACCCCAUGUUGAUACUAGCUGGGCCGCAAGCCUGUGGGAAGCGAGAACUCGCCCACCGCCUCUGCAGACAGUUUAACACGUACUUCAGAUAUGGGGCCUGUCACACCACAAGACCGCCUUACUUUGGAGAAGGGGAUCGCGUCGAUUAUCAUUUUAUCUCUCAAGAAGUUUUUGAUGAAAUGCUAAACAUGGGGAAAUUCAUCCUCACAUUUAAUUAUGGCAACCACAAUUACGGACUCAAUAGAGACACGGUAGAAGGUAUUGCAAGAGAUGGGCUGGCGAGCUGUAUCCAUAUGGAAAUAGAGGGUGUAAGAAGUUUGAAAUACUCCUACUUUGAGCCUCGGUAUAUCAUGGUGGUACCCAUGAAUAAGAAAAAAUAUGAGGGAUACUUGCGGAGAAAAGGAUUAUUCAGUCGUGUAGAGAUCGAAUUUGCUGUCUCCAGAGUGGACCUAUAUAUCAAAAUUAAUCAGACAUUCCCAGGCUUUUUUGAUGCAGUAAUCAAUGCAGAUGACCUGGAUGUCGCCUACCAACAUCUGAGUCAGCUCGUGAGAGAAUACCUGGGGUUGUCUGAGGAAACAGCCAACACAUUGGCUCCCACUACAGAUAUUUUACCACCUCAACUGAAAUCUGCAAAUUCUUCUAAGAGUCCUACUUCUUCAAAUUCUGGUGAUUUCAUGGAUUCUACAGACAGAAACUACUGUAUGAAAUUAUGGGCCAAACUUUCAGCCAUUAAGACACCAGUGGAAAGACUGUCUUUGGAGAGACAGCACGAGACAGCCCGGCAGUCCCUAAUGGGACAGAUUCCUCCUUGUCACACACUCCUAUUUCAAAGGGGUCCAGUACCAGCACCCACUAUCAGUGGCUUACACUAUUUUACAGGACUAGAACUACAGAAACAUUUUGACAUUUGUAAGAACUUAGAACUCUGUUUGGGAACAUGUUCUGAAAAGAGCAAAGACACUGCGAAAUAUUCUGGAACAUAUCAGUCUUGUUCGUUGUCAAGCCAGUUGUCCUACAAGUUUCCAAAUAGUUGCAGUUAUUUUCGCUCGGCAUCAGGAGUCAGUGAUGGUGCUGCGGAGCAGGCCCUAAAAGCACUACACGAACAGUUCCGCCCCAUUGGAAAAGGGCCUGGCCAACAGAGAAGACUCCCGGAGCCACCCAUCAGUCACUCCGGUCUCAACACUAAGCCCACCCUCCCUCCAAUCCCUCACUGUCGCCAGUAGACCAGCGUUUGGCAUCUGUUCUUAACAUGGAAGAUUCUCUCUGAUCACUGCAGCCACCUCUGUCCUACCGGGCCAUGGAUGCUGGCAUUUCUCACUCAACCAACUACCUACAAAGAAAUGUUCUAUGUGCUUAAUUCACUCAAUCAAUUUCUUUUGUGAUUCUCUGAAUAGCUUCUUUUUUAAAGUCACUCUUAGUUUUUAGGAAUGUAAUUUCAGUUUUCCCCAUAGCUAUGAAUGACUUUUCCAGCUGCCUCCUGCUCUGAAAUGUCAGAUGACAAAAAUCUCCCAAGAUCUCUGUGUUGCUACACGCAUAGUGGUUUUUGGAUCUAUCCAAACAGUAUUGUGUUCCUAAAAUUUCAAUGCGUUCAUUUAUAACAUUAAUGUAUAUGCUCAGGGAUUGAAAUAUUUUCUUUUUCUGAUUAUAAAAGCAUCUUGUG